GCGGUCCGGAGGACGAUCUGGUACGAGAAAGUUCCAUCUCUCUCCAGAACCACCGUUUCUCGAUAGUAUCACAAAAGAUCACCACCAUUACCUAUAAUUUUCUUUCCACUUUCGCAGUAAAACACCACCAAUUCUCACUUCCAACAACAACAACGUACCAGAAAGCAAAACCAAAACAUGGGUUUCUCAUGCGAAUCCUUACCCUCCUCCCAAACAGUCCUCUCCGCCGCCGCUUCCCUCACCGCCACGGCGGUUCUCUUCCGAACCGUCACCAACGACUUCAUCCCCGACAAAGUCCACACCUACUUCCUCUCCUCCCUAAAAAAACUCACCAACCGCUUGUCGUCCCAACUCACCGUCGUCAUAGAAGAAUUCGACGGCCUCACUGCAAACCACAUGUUCCAAGCUGUCAAUGUGUAUUUAGGCACCAAGAUUUCACCAUUAACCCAAAGAAUCAAAGUGAACAAGAUCGAAAAAUACGAUGAACUCUCAUUCUCUGUUGACAAAGAUCAAGAGAUAAUCGAUUGCUUCAAAGGCGUGACGUUCAAGUGGGUCCUACAAUCCACAGCCGUCAAACACCCAUCAAAAGAUAGUCGCAGCUCAAAUCCCAGAUCGGAAAUCAGACAUUUUGAAUUCAGUUUUCCCAGGAAACAAAAGGACUUGGUUCUAGAACCAUACUUGAGGUAUAUACUACAGAAAGCCAAGGCAAUAAAAGAAGAGAGAAAAGCUUUGAAGCUUCACACAGUGGACUACAAUGGUACAGACUAUUGGGGUUCUGUACUUCUCAAUCAUCCGGCAACAUUCGAUACAAUGGCGAUGGAUACGGAGACGAAGAAGGAGCUGAUUGAAGAUCUUGAGAGGUUCAUAAAUGGGAAGGAGUAUUAUAGAAGAGUUGGGAGGGCUUGGAAGCGCGGGUAUUUGUUGUAUGGUCCGCCCGGUACAGGGAAGUCGAGUUUGGUUGCAGCCAUGGCUAAUUAUUUGAAGUUUGAUGUGUAUGACUUGGACUUGAGGGAGGUUCAGUGCAAUUCUGAUCUGAGGAGGUUGUUGAUCGGCACAACAAACCGGUCCAUCCUGGUGAUCGAAGACAUUGACUGCAAUGUUGGGUUGCAGAAUCGAGAGUCUGGGGACGAAACUCAGGAUGAUAAGAUUACAUUGUCCGGGUUACUCAACUUCAUUGAUGGAUUGUGGUCGAGUUGUGGAGAUGAGCGGAUCAUAGUGUUCACGACGAAUCACAAAGACCGUCUUGAUCCGGCAUUGUUGCGACCGGGUCGGAUGGAUGUGCACCUCCACAUGUCGUAUUGCACCCCUAGUGGCUUCAGGAUACUUGCACGUAAUUAUCUGGGUUUAGAGGAGCACCCGCUGUUUGGGGAGGUGGAGGAGCUGUUGGGGAAAGUUCAGGUAACACCCGCUGAAGUUGCAGGAGAGCUAAUGAAGAAGAGUGACAAUGCUGAAAUUGCACUUCGAGGCGUUAUCGAAUACCUUCAAAGCAAGGAAAACGAAGCGUAACCAAGGCCACCACCGGGUAACAUUUUAGAGGGGCACUAACUUGUAGGUUUCAGUUUUAUUAGAUUAUGAAGGAUUUUGAAUUGAUCGUAUUGUUGUAAACUCUGGAUAAUUUUUUGGACUAUAUA